AUGAAGAGAUUCCACAUCUUCAUGAAGGUUAGUGGGCCCAAAUUUAUGAUUUGCCCUUCAACGAAGCCCUCUUAUUAAGUUUUUUGUUUGAUUUAAAAAAGACUACGCACUUAAAUUUAUCGAGGAUGACCACUUUUGCGUUCCAUGUGCAUAUUUCAUGAGUGAUUAGGUCUAAGCAGCUGUUUAGGGCUGUAAAUUGUUAAGAAAAGAGUUCUCAGGAAAAUCUUAAAGGGAUUUCAAAGUUUGAUGUUAGCUGAUAUUAGCUUAAGCCCUCCUCCCUUGAAUCAACAUUCUUUGAGAUCCUCAAUGAUCUCAUUCUUUUUCGAAGGGAAAUGGACGGUAUCCUUUUAAAUACGGAGUUUGGCUACGGCAACGUCCUCAUAAAGGAAAAGCGAUUCCAGAAGAUGUCCGUAUGAAAUUAAUGAAGCUUCUAGACAUCGAGUCCAAGCCCGGAAACUGGAGGUAUCUGGCUGAACGUUUGGGGGCAUCUUACUUAGAUGUACAAUUCCUGGAAAGCCGUAACCGUGAGUCACCAACGCAACACGUCCUCAACGUAUUUGAAACAAUGAACAAGCCUUUAACUUUUCUGAGAGAUGUCUUCAUUGACCUUGACCGCCACGAUGUUGUUACUGUGUUAAAUGACGAGAUUAAUUGA